GAUAUGAAUUGUUUCCUUAUCCAUUUCAAAGUACUUAAGAAGGAACGAAAAACGAAACUCCAGCGUUUCAGAACGCAGUUAGCCUCCAUCCAAAAUUUAUAAUGGCCAAAGCUAUAACGGGCUUUACCAUCACAAAACCGCACAUGCUUAGCUCUCUGCAGAAAACAAAAUUGGACCUCAAACCAUGUUCAGGAGGGCUUUGGCAAUGUUCAAGCAACGGGCUUCUUAGUGGGUGGCUGCAGCAUAAACGCAGCAAUAAGAAAAGAGCUUCCUUGAGUAAAGUGAAUGCCUUCCCAGAUUGGCCUCUAAUGGCAGUUAUGGUGGAGCAUAUAGAAGGUCAAAGAGACCUUAUAACUCACAAAUCUAUAUGGCAUCUCAGUGAUCGAGCCAUAAAAAACGUCUAUGUAUUUUACCUUAUGUUCACUUGCUGGGGAUGUUUAUUCUUCGGUUCAAUGAAAGACCCAUAUUAUGACUCAGAGGCGUAUAGAAAAGAUGGAGGGGAUGGCAGUGGACAUUGGGUAUAUGACAAGAUGUAAAAACGAGACUCUUCCCAAUAUCCAUAAUGUGUCGAAGUCGUAUACUGCUAUUCUUUCCGCCCUCACCAGUUAAAAACAAAGAUUGUUGACCUAUAUAUAUAUAAACGGAUAUAUAUGCAGCAAGACGAUAUUGAAGAAUCUGCAAGGGCAGAGCUGUGGCGCGAGGAGUUGAUUGAGGAGAUUGAGCAGAAGGUUGGAGGUCUGCGGGAACUGGAAGAAGCUGGCCGAAA